CCCCCGGAAUGUUAUCACUCUCUCUCUCAGCAAGGUCGGUUUCCACAGAACAGUGAAGACACCGCUCAUUUACCAUGAGCUGUUUGGAUGUUAUGUACCCAGCCUAUGGACAUUACGCACCGUACGCACCGACUGGUCCUGCUUUUAUCAAUAGCUUACAGGCUCCCACAGGUCUGAGCAGAACUUCUCUUGACUGCCGGGAUUUUAUGGAUACUCCCAGGGGUCCCGAGGGGAUGUCUGGGGGCCCAGGCACUGGAGGAUCAACUUCCUCCUCAUCUUCAUCCAAUUCGUCUUCUACCUCCUACACACCGGCGGUUUUAAGGCCAGAGGAGGGCCCCAAGGAGAAGCAGGAGCCCCCUGAGGCGGAGUACCUGACUUCUCGCUGUGUCCUCUUCACCUACUACCAGGGAGACAUCAGCAGCGUGGUGGACGAGCACUUCUCCAGGGCCCUCAGCUCCUACAUGGAUGGAGAGGGCAAACGGCGGGCUUCAGACCAACAGGGCACAGAUACCCCUUCACCUAGCAGUCGACGAAGCUUCCCCCCAUCCUUCUGGGACAGUAACUACUCCUCGCCUCAGAGCCGCUCCCACUGUGAAACCGGUGCGCCUUCCUAUUCCAUGGACCCAUACGCAUCUGGGUUGCACCCGGGCCUGCCGCAUCCACAUGCUCACCCGCACCCACACGCUCAUCCUCACUCCCACUCUCACCCACCAGAGAGCUGGGGAUAUCCCCAGGCCCAAGCCUACGGACCCCCACGGCCUCUCCAUGAACUGUAUUCACCGUCGGCUUUGGAGCCCCACUAUGGGGCCCUGCUCGUGCCCACGGUGAGGCCACCUCAUCUUCCUACCUUGCCAAGCCACUAUGAAGUGAGCAAGCUGGAGCCCACUGCCUCCUGGCCCAGCCUGCUUCCCCCAGGAGAUGUCAGCCAGACACUGGCACUCAACAUGGAUGCAGGCCUCCAGCAGCACAAGAAAGGCAAGGAGCUGUACUGGUUCUAACGAGCCCUUCAGUCACAUUGACCAGCCAUUACUAGAUCCAAUUAGUCCCUGGACCUGCUCUGCUAUUGAAGCAGCGUGUCCCUUUAUCCCGCCACACACUCCAUCCCCGUCUAUCCACCCCCUUGUUUCUGCUCCUGGCCUCCCCCUGCCAGCAUACAGCCUUGCUCCAGGUCGACGUGUGUGCACCAUGGAGAUAAAGCAGAGAGAGGGAGAGAGAGAGAAAGAGGGGGAGAGACACUGUCUAUAAUCGGUGCUGUUGCUCUCUCUUUCGCAUCUCUCUUCCACUCUCUCUCCUGUCGCUGCCGGUGCAGCACAGACCUUGGCAAGGUAUGAGCCACAGUGACCUGUUUGGACUGAGAAAGACAGGAUCACAACAGACAUUUGCAGAGGACAGAGAGAUAGAGGGAUGAAUGGAGGGGCAGAGGGAUGAAUAGUGGCAAACAGGGAUUCCCUCCAACGUCCCUGGUUAUCUCUGUCUCAUGUUCUUGGUGGUUGGUACAGUGGUUGUCAUCAUCCACUUAUCUGCAUUUCACAAAUGCAACAUGCAGCGAUAAACAGGAGCAGCAAUUAUGGUGGUUUAUGCUUUGUUACUGUCAUCAUGAUGCCUUUUUUGGGUUGUUGUUAUAUAAUUUUGCUUUCUGAAAUAAAUGGUUUCUAUUUAUUGGUGUUCAUGUGCAUUUCUAAAAUGUUUGGUUAGGCCAGUUUUCUGAAAUGAUUGUGAUUCAGUUUAUUGUGUUUUCUAAAGACAGGAGGCAGAGAUGGCCACACCAUGUGUUU